UAUAUAUAUAUAUAUAUAUAUAUACAUCAAAUUAUAUAUAUAUAUAUAUAUAUAUAUAUAGAUGGAUUUACAGAUAUUUUAUUAUUUUAUUUGCUUAGUUAGGCCUUUAAUCGUGUAUCAUUUUGCACUAAGAAUGGCAUAAUCCAGUUACUGUUUGUGUUGGCUAUAAUUGAGCAGUCGCAAGCCUGUUGUCCUAGUUCUUUAUAAAUGCUCUCUGUAUACUGUAACCAUGUUUGUUGUUCUUUCACUUUUUACAUAUUAUGUAAAUGUUAUCACUCUGAAAUAAUUUAUUCCUAACAAAGAAAAAAAUGACACAAAAACAUGCUACUGAUUGUAUGUAUUUUUAAACAAAGCCUAUUUUUUUCUGUAAAAAAAAAAAAAAAACUGUGUUCAGCACUUUUAUUCUGGGUUUUUGUUUUUGUUCUCUAUAUAUAUUUAUAAUUUAGAUCUAAAUGUAUAUAUUGUAAAAUUUGUGCCUUUCAACUAAUUCUUUCAGAAAAAGUUUUUCUACUCAUUAAAGGAAGGACUAUAUGAAAACGCAAUCUUAACUUUGUAAACAAAUAAAAUCUUCAAGAUUGCUGAGGUUGAGUCUGAUUUUUUUUUUUGUGAGUUGUUUUUCUGGAGUUAUUUGAACUGUCAUGAAGUAGUGGAUUCAUUUUAGGGAAUUUUACCUGCAUCUUGUGAGCUCCCUCUUGUGGAUGAACUGGGCAACUGCAUUAAAGCUGACUGAAUACUAAUGAAUACAGAAGGACAAGCUUUAUCCCAGCAAACUAUACAGUUCUCCAUCUGAAAGGGGAAAGUAUGGUUCUACUGGAAAUUGGAAAAUAAAGCAAAAUAUCCACAGCUUAGAUCUUUGAAACAAUUGCCAUUAAUUAUAGACUCCAGAAACGAGGUAGGUGUUGAUAUGCUUAGAUCUUUGAAACAGAUGCCAUUAUUUAUAGACUCCAGAAACGAGGUAGGUGUUGAUAUGUGGCAAUAAGAAACCCAUUUUUGCAAGAGAUUCUACUAAAAGUAUCACAGUCUUGAUUCUGUUAUGUUUUACUUUGCUUCAUGUUUUCUAGUUUUAUUGGUUUAAUUCCCAUUUUGUUGUAUUUUCUGGAAAUAUUUGAGUUUUUUAUUUGUUUCCCUUUGUUGCCCUCUUGUGUUAGUCUCCUUUUCCCUCGCUUCUUCCUUUGCUGCUCUGUUGACACCUGCUCCCAAUCUGCUCGUUAGUCCUCUCUUUGUUCAGUCUCCCUUAAAUACACUCCUUUCAGUUAACCUUAGCUAAAUUCAACUAACUCUUUAUCUGGAACAUUAGUCAUUAAUGUUGUACACAUUCUAGAAAUUCUGGUAUUUAUAUUUUUUUUCUCAAAUUUAAAUCUAGCAAACAAACUACUAGGUCAAAGUUACGUUUUGUGUGUUUUACUAAAGCAACUUGACUGAUGUCACAUGCUGCUUGUGUUCUUUUUUUGUGCCAAUUUUAGCGAGAUGGAGACUCGUUUUGGCAAAAAGACACGCGAUGGGGGGGUACAGGACGCUGUCGAAGACGUGCAAGAGGUUGUGGAGGAGGCUUUCGUGGACAAGCCACAAGAUUUAGAACUCGUCUCCGUUGGUCAAAAGGCUAAGAAGCAAAUGAAAUAUUCCCCAAGGAAACUGUGGUCACCAACGGGGGCAGUGGAGUUGACCAAACUGAAACAUCAAGCAAAGAUGGAUAGACAGAAGAUUGAUCACCUUGAGGACCGCAUUAAAUACCUGGAGGAGGCCAACAGGGAGCUGAAAAAGGACAAAGACUUCAUUCUGUCACAAAUUAAGGAAGCCACUGUGGCACCUGCAUCUAGCAGCAAGUCAGGCUCUAGAGAGAUUGCUCAGGUUCCUCCAUCUUCAACAUCUACUACCCCCUCCUCCUCUUCCACAGACUUAAGCUCCUCAUCAUCUUCAGUGGAAGAGGAAAAAAAGAAGAAGAAAAAGAAGACCAAAAAGUCCAAGAAACACUAUGAUUCAUACAGCCGUUCAAGAAUGACCACAGUGGAUGGAGUUAUCAACCGCUAUGAGAGUGCCCUGAAGAGAUUCACUAAGUUUGGAUCCAUGAAAAAGGCCUUCAACAAGAUUAAGGUUGACCGCAACACCAUUGCGAGGACAGCUGUUAUUGCUGAGCUUGCAAUAACUUUUCCUGACACCUUCAAGGAGCUGCUCCCAGGAAACCACGAUAACGAGAAGAUCUCCCAGUUUGCAGAGCGUUGUAGGAAUGCUAUAACAAAAGAGAUGGCUGAAACCAUCACAGCAACAAAAAGAAGUGGAAAACUCCUCCCAAUAAUGUACAAGUACACUUAAAAUAUUACUUUGUAAACAACUUGGGUUUUUAUUUUUUAGUUGAGUUGUGUUUUUAGUUUUUUAAAUUUGUAUUUCAGAAGUAAAAUCUGCUGAACAAGAAGUUGAACCCUCUGUUUGGGGAAGAACAACUUUUUCUUUUUUUUUUUUAAAGUUCUGAAGGUUUGUGCUCAAACACUGCCAGAAAUUGAACCCUCUGAUGAAUGAAGAAAAAAAAUUUUCAAAGCAAUUAAAAGAAAGUGUUUGUGUUAACUUGUGGAUUGGUUUUAUUAUGGUAUUUAAAAGCAUUUAUGAGUGUAAUAACACUUCAGGACAUUCUUUUCUCAAGUGUAAGUAUUUUUAAAGGUCUAGGAAGAGAUGAUUUUAUUAAACUUUUUGACAGAAUAAUAACACUUAAAGACAUAUUUAUAACUAGUACUAUAUGUU